UGUGUUUACAAUUUAUUGCGGGAUAAACAGAUAAAGCAACUGCCGAGAACGGAGUGUGUACUCUGCAGUGCAUUGACCAAACCGCCCCUUCACAGGGCUGCCCCGGAGUGGAAAGCAAGUUUUCAACAGAUGACGCAUGCGCAUCAGCGUUCACAUAUCCACAAUGUGGCUGUACACUGGUAGACUUUUCCAAAGGUUAAAUCAGCGACAAUACGUUUUGAUCUCCAAAGCAGUGAGUGCCCACCAGGUGCACAGUAGUAGUACUGGGUUUACAAACAGCAGUUAUAAUGGGCUGUAUCCUGGACAUAUCCACACCACCCCCAUCCAGAAACUCGUGUUGGCUGUUGGGUCAGGUGUGGCUGCACUACACGACCCCCACAGACAUGACAUGGUUGCAGUGCUCGGGGAGGCGACAGGACAUCUAGCAUUGAUAAAUCUCAGGGACAAGAUGAGAAACGACCCUGAAGGCUACACAAUCCUUAAAGAAAGACCCCGGAUCCGGCUGUCUACACUUGAUCUAAGUGAGAUGACCUCUCUGCCAGAUGGAUCUUUUGGGAGGGAAUACCUUCGCUUCCUGCAGGACAAUGAUGUGACCCCCGAUUCAAGGGCAGACGUAAGGUUUGUGGACGAUGAGGAGCUAGCUUACGUCAUGCAGAGAUACAGAGAGGUCCAUGAUUUGCUGCACACCUUACUGGGCAUGCCCACCAACAUGUUGGGUGAAGUGGCAGUGAAAUGGUUCGAAGCUGCUCAGACUGGGCUUCCCAUGUGUGCUUUUGGAGCUGUGUUGGGGCCACUUCGGUUGAGUACAAGCCGUUUAAAGUUGCUGUUCACAUCCUUGGGCCCUUGGGCUUUGCGGAAUGGUCAUCGGGCCAACUGCGUCCUCAGCAUCUUCUACGAGAGACGAUGGGCGCAGAGCAUCGAAGACCUCCGACAAGAGCUCAACAUAGAGCCACCUCCUGUAAUAGUCAGGACUGCCAAAAAGAGGAACAUCUGAGCAAGACAA